AUGCGCUGCUUCGUCACUUUGCUCGCCCCGAUUCGUGUCCGCGAAACCUUCGUUGCUCCGCCGGCAUUAUCGAGUCGUCUGACCGCCAUUCUCCCCGGUCGACAACAGCCAGUACUCCAGCACAAUCCUGCGCAGCGCCAAUCCUUCGUCACGACGUCGAUCUCGAGCUUCUCAUACGCACGUUCCUCCAGCGAGAUGUCGCAGCAGUCCAAGCCAGCGUUUGACACGCGCCCCGUCAUCAUCUCCGGCCCCAGCGGCGCGGGCAAGAGCACCAUCCUCAAGCGCCUCUUCGCCGAGUUCCCUGGCCGCUUCGGGUUUUCCGUGUCACACACCACCCGCGCACCGCGCCCCGGCGAGCAGGAUGGUCGCGAGUACCACUUCACGACACGCGAGGAAUUCGAGACCAUGAUCGCCGACAGCAAGUUCGUCGAGAACGCCAUUUUCGGUGGCAACCGCUACGGCACCUCGUUCGCCGCCGUCGCCGACCUUGCCAAGGAGGGCCGCGUGUGCAUCCUCGACAUCGAGCUCGAGGGUGUGAAGCAGGUGGAUCGUCUCUCCAAGGAGGACAGGCUGCCGUUUGCGCGGCCCAAGUUUCUGUUCCUGGCGCCGCCGAGCGUGGAAGUGUUGGAGCAGCGGUUGAGGGGGAGGGGUACCGAUACCGAGGAUGCGAUCCAAAAGAGGCUGGAUCAGGCGCGGGUCGAGAUGGAAUUUGCGGAGACGGGCGCGAUCCACGAAAAGGUGGUCGUGAACGACGACCUGGACAAGGCAUACAAGGAGGUGAGAGACUUCAUUGUCGGACCAGCCGAGUCGUGA